UGUCGUGCCUCCACACCGCAUGUGUGUGAGAGAGUGUGUGCACGGUACAUGGAUCAUUUCGUCCACAUCACCGGAGACACUGCCGCCGCAUCCAGCGAUUGUUCUCCCGUAGACCGACCGCAGAUUCUCCCUCUCUCUGGACUCGGUGAGAGGCUGCAGGAGUCUCUGUGUUUAGCCUGACUCAUCUGACUGACAGCAGGAGGCCAGAGACACACACACACACAGGUUCUCAGUGAGGACAUUACAUAGACUUCUAUUGUUUUUAAUAUCAGUUUAAUGAUAAUAUCUAUAGCCUAGCUCUACCCCUAAACCAAACCCUAAUAAUAACACAUUUCUUUUCCCUUUAUAAGCUUAUAAAUAGCGAGAAGCUGUGAAAUGUCAACACUAGUGGGUCAUUUUGAUCUCAAUAUCUGAGCCCUCACAAUUAUAGCUAAACCAGUACACACACACACACACAGGUUUGUCUAACUAUCUUAGUGAGGACAUUACAUAGACUUCCAUUGUUUUUAAACCUGUUUAAUGAAAAUGUCUAUGUCCUAACUAAAUCAAACCUCACAGAAACAUCAUUAGAUACUAAUAAAACUCAUUCUGGCUGAUUUAUGAUCAUUUAAAUUAGUGAGGAGCAGUGACAUGUCAGCACUAGAGGGUGGUUUUGAUAACUCACUAUAUAAGUGAGUCUUCACAAGUAUAGCUAAACCAGUACUCACACACACACACAGGUUCUCAGUGAGGACAUUACAUAGACUUCCAUUGUUUUUAAUAUCAGUUUAAUAACAAUAUCUAUAGCCUAGCUCUACCCCUAAACCAAACCCUAAUAAUAACGCAUUUCUUUUCCUUUUAUAAGCAUUUAAAUUAGCGAGAAGCUGUGAAAUAUCAACACUAGUGGGUCAUUUUGAUCUCGAUAUCUCGCUAUAGGACAACUGAGCCCUCACAAUUAUAGCUAAACCACUCACACACACACACACACACGCACAGACACAGGUUCUUAGUGAGGACAUUGCAUACUGACUUCCAUUGUUUUUUUUUCUAGCCGGUAAAUGAUAAUAUCUAUAACCUACCCCAAAUUAGCGAGAAGCUGUGAAAUGUCAACACUAGUGGGUCAUUUUGAUCUCUAUCUCUAUAUAGGACAAGUGUGCCCUCACAAUUAUAGCUAAACCAGUACACACACACACACACACAAACACACAGGUUUGUCUAACUAUCUUAGUGAGGACAAUACAUAGACUUCCAUUGUUUUUUUUCUAGCAGGUAAAUGAUAAUAUCUAUAGCCUACCCCAAAACCAAACCUCACAGAAACCUCAUUAGAGACUUUUAUUUAUAGGCAUUUUAAUUAGUGAGGCGCAGUGAAAUGUCAGCACUAGUGAGUCGUUUUGAUUUCUCACUAUUGACCUUAUUUGGCAGUGUGGAGGUGCGCUCAUUUCUUAGAUUGUUUUGGAAUUUCUGAUCACUAGGAGUAACAAAUGGCAGAAAACGGUCAAACUACUCGCUCUACGAACAAGCGUGUUGAUGGCUAUACAUGUAAAGUAGAAUAAUAUAAUAAUAAAAGAUCAGUUUGCCACAUCAAACAGCAGAACAAGCUGCUCUUAAUGUCUAAAAAUCAAUGGAAGUAAAUGAGAGCGGAAGUCUUGAGUCAAAAAGAGUCCAAUGGCUGCGUCUGCUCGUACAUGAAGAAUAAGGUCUAUGCUCAAUCUCGCGAUAGGACAACUGAGUCCUCACAAGUAUAGCUAAACCACUGCACACACACACUCGCGAUGACGACCUCGGCUCUGCGGCGGCAGGUGAAGAACAUCGUGCACAAUUACUCGGAUGCGGAGAUCAAGGUGCGCGAGGCGACGUCUAAUGACCCCUGGGGCCCGUCCAGCUCCCUGAUGUCGGAGAUCGCGGAGCUCACCUUCAGCGUGGUGGCCUUCAGCGAGGUCAUGGCCAUGGUGUGGAAGAGGCUGAACGACCACGGCAAGAACUGGAGACACGUCUACAAGGCUCUGACGCUGCUGGAUUAUCUGGCCAAGACGGGUUCGGAGCGUGUGGCACAGCAGUGUCGAGAGAACGCCUUCACCAUCCAGACGCUCCGAGACUUCCAGUACGUGGACCGGGACGGGCGCGAUCAGGGCGUCAACGUGCGGGAGAAGGCCAAGCAGCUGGUGGCGCUGCUGCGGGACGAGGACCGGCUCCGGGCAGAGCGAGCGCAGGCCCUCAAGACUAAAGAAAGAAUGAUGGCGGCAGGAGCUCCACCCGCGUACCCCAGCAGACGCAGCAGUCAGCCCAGCAUGGCAGCUCUGUACGGGGAAGAGUUCAACCACUCCAGAGGGUCCCCGUCAUCCUUCAACUCCUCCUCCUCGUCCCCCAGAGCUUCUGAUCUGGAGCAAACGCGGCCGCAGACGAGUGGAGAAGAAGAGCUUCAGCUGCAGCUGGCUCUGGCCAUGAGCAGAGAGGAUCAGCGCAGCCGACAUGGUGACGACCCUCCUGUUCAGCAGGAGAGAGAGGGCGAGAGACACUCGGGCCCUCCAGAGUCCGCCAUGAUGGAUCUGGUGGAUAUAUUCGGCUCCACGCCUGCAGGACCGCUGAGAGACGAGUCCUGGGACGCCCCGUCCUCCUGUCCCACCACCGCUGACCCCUGGGGGCCCGCCGCUGUAGUAAAGUCUAAUAACCCAGUGGCUGGGAGUCCCUGGAAGGCCCGCCCUUCCUCCAGCAGCCCCGCCCACCCGUGGGGAACCCGCCAAUCACCGACCAACCCCUGGGAUGCCCCACACACAAACUCCACCUCUAAUAUAGAUGAAAAAGUCUGGAGGAGCCCAGCGAGACUAGUGAGUGGGAGGGACCCGUUCUCCAUUCCUGAGGAGGAGGAGCUUCAGGUGGAGGAGGAGGGGCUUCCACUUGAGAGGGAGGGGCCAAACCGAGUGUUCAGCCCUCGCUGUGAGAGUCCUGCAGAUGGCGAUCAGUUUGGAGAGCUAGUUGUGGGUGUUCAGCUGAACGGACGAGGGAAUGACAGUCCUGAGGCGUUUGACUUGUCCCGCCUUGGGCCUCCUCUGGACACAACGACCCACAGACAGUGUCGAACCCCUGAAGCGUUUCUCGGACCCACCGCGGCGUCCCUCGUCAACCUGGACACACUGAUCCCCACAAACCCUCCAAUCAAGAGCAAAAACCCCUUCCUGUCAGGUCUGAGCACACCGUCUCCCACGAACCCCUUCCACUGUGAGCAGCCCAGACUGACUCUGAAUCAGAUGCGUCCUCACUCCACGUCUCCUCUGCCGGCUCACGCUUUGUCCUACAGCGCAUCUCUGCCGCUGCCCAACCUGCAACACAAACCCCAAACUCUGCCUUCGUCCUUCACACAGCCUCACCACGGCCUGCUGGAGCUACCCAGCAACCUGCCUCAGCCGCUGCUGCCCCUCAAGCCCAUCCCAUUGCCACCCUCCGGCCGACAGACACAACAUCAGAGCCACAACCCCUUCCUCUGAGACACCGCUCUAAAUGUGAACACUCAAACUGGAUUAAAGUGAUUCAGAUUCAAUGUGAAUGCACUGAGGAGCUCAUCUGAACACUAUGAUUCUUACUGGACAGUUAUUUUUAAUGAAAGUUCCAAUAAGCCAACAACACAAAGCCACAUCCUCUUCCUCGGAGACACCGCUUUAAUCAUACAGACUCAGUCUGAAUUACACUGAUUCAGAUUCAGUGUGAAUGGACUAAUGAGUUCAUCUGAAGACUAUGCUUGCUACUGAACAGUUAUUUUUAGUGAAGGUACAUUUCCAAUAGCCAACAUAGAGCCACGGCCCCGUCCUCCAAGUUACUGCUAUAUAUGUGGACACUUAAACCCGAUUAAUGUGAUUCGGAUUCAAUGUAAAAGCACUGAGGAGCUCAUCUGAAGACUAUGAUUGUUACUGAACAGCUAUUUUUGUGGAAAAUAACUGGAGUUUUUUCCAAAAAAAACGGACACAGAGCCACAACCCCUUACUCAGAGACACUGCUUUAAUCAUGCAGACUCAAACUGGAUUACAGUGAUUCAGAUUCAGUGUGAAUGCACGGAAGAGCACAUCUGAAGGCUAUACUUGUUACUGGAGUUAUUUUUAGUGAAAAUACAUUUCCAAUAUCCAACACAUAGCCACAUCCCCUUCCUCUAAGACACUGCAAUAUAUCUGGAAACCGAAUCUGAAUGACAUUGAUUCAGUGUGAAUGGACUAAGGAGCCCAUCUGAAGACAAUGAUAGUUAUUGAACUGUUAUUUUUAGUGAAAAUACUUUUCUAAAUAGCUGACAAAUACAGAGCUUUAAUCCCUUCCUCUGAGACACCGUUUUGUCUUGCAGACUCAAACCGGAUUACAUCAUUUCAGAUUCAGUGUGAAUGCACUGAGAACCCAUCUGAAUAAUAGGAUUAUAACUGAAGAGCCAGUUUUAACAAAAAAUACAUUUCCAAUAAGCCAACAAACAUAGAGCCACGACCCCUUCCUCCAAAGCACUGCUUUAAAUGUGGACACUGAAACCAGAUUAUAGUGAUUCAGAUUCAGGGUGAAUGGUCUGAAGAGCUUAUCUCUAGACAAUGACUGUUGAUGAAGGCACUGAAGAGCUUGUCUGAAGACUUUGAUUGUUAUUGAAGAGUCAGUAUUAAUGAAGAUACUUUCCCUAAAAGCCAACAAACAAAGAGCCAGGACUCCUUCCUCUCAGACACUACUUUAAAUGUGGACACCAAAACUGGAUUAAAGUCAUUCUGAUUCAGUUUGUCACUGAAGAGUUCAUUUUAGUGGAACAAACACAGCACCAUGGGGGUCAGUGCCAAAAACUGUAUCCUUUCAGACACUACUUUAAAUGUGAACACUCAGAUUAGAUUAAAGUGAUUCAGAUUUCAUGUGAACAGUUUGAAAAUCUGAAAUGAAGACUGUGAUUGUUGAUAAAUUCAGUAUUUAGUGAAAGUGCUUUUCCAAUAAAUCAUCAAACACAACACCACAACCGAAACCACAACGCCUUCAUCUCACUCAAACUGGAUUACAGCAAUUCAGAUUCAGUGUGAAUGCUCUGAAGACCUUAUCUAAAAACUAUGACUGUUACUAAACAGUAGGUUUUUAGUGAAAGCACUUGUCCAAUAAGCCAACAAACACAGAACCACAGCCCCUCCCUCUGAGAUAAAGCUUUAAACAUGCAGACUCAAAGUGGAUUACAGCGAUUCAGAUUCAGUGUGAAUGCUCUGAAGAGCUCAUCUUAAGACUAUGAUCGUUACUGAACAGUACGUUUUUGUGAAAGCACUUGUCCAAUAAGCUAACAAACAGAGUCACACCCCUUGCCCAGCUUUAAACAUGCAGACUCAAAGCGGAUUACAGCAAUUCAGAUUCAGUGUGAAUGCUCUGAAGAGCUCAUCUUAAGACUAUGAUCGUUACUGAACAGUAAGUUUUUGUGAAAGCACUUGUCCAAUAAGCUAACAAACACAGAGUCACACCCCUUGCCCAGCUUUAAACAUGCAGACUCAAAGUGGAUUACAGCGAUUCAGAUUCAGUGUGAAUGCUCUGAAGAGCUCAACUGAAGAUUGUUACAGAAGACUCUGUCUUUAGUGAAAAGUACUUUUCAAUAAGACAAUACACAUUUAUUGCUGGCUAACUGGACCUAUUAAUAUUUCAUUUUAAAUGCGGGAGCAUGGGUUAUAUCAUUUAUACAGCUUAAAGAUCAAAAUAGAGUUCAGUUAUCUUAAUGCAUAAUCUUAUUGUGUCAUGUUUUGGUCAGAUUCAAAAUAUAAAAACAUGCUCUGGCCCUAAAAUAUCUAGGUAACAUGUUUAUUAUAUUUAGAGGCCAGAGACCCCCCAAAAUAUGAUCAUACUUAACUUAAAAAUGUAAAAAGCAGAUAUAAAUUUUAAUGUUUAAAGACCCAAUUUACACUGUAAAAAAGAAUUAUAGAUAUUUAUGAAAUAUUAUUGAAAAAUAUUCUAUUUCGUCUACAUAUAUACCCUAAUAUACUAUAAAAAAUAUUAUUUAUUUAUUUAAUAUUUAUUGUAAUCAAAUAUAUUUAUUUUCUUUAAUCUUAUUUAUUACGUAAUUAAUUCUUUAACUUUUUAUCAUUAUUUUUUUAAAAAUCCCUGAUCUGGUUCAAAUAAUCUUGGCUUAUCCAAAAGCCAAAUUAUCAACCCAAGCAUUUUAUAAACUAGUAAAAUAGUAAUUCCCCCCCACAAAUAGUUAUCAUAUAAAGUAAAUAUUAGUUAAUUCAAUGCAAAUGACAGCAAUAACAGCCAUUCUGGUAUGCAAUGUCCACUCUUCACCAGAUAUAUCCGAUCUCACUCAAUAUUAUAAACAUUGAUGUCUUUCUUUGUGUUGAUUUUAAUGCGAUGUUUCCUCAACGCUUCGCUCUUCUGCUGCACAGGAUCAGCAUGCUGCUAAUAAACUCACGGAGGAGUUCAAUCUCAGUAUUUCAGUCAGAAAUGAUGGAUAAUUUCAGGAACACAACAGUCUCCCUCCUCCUUUUCAUUUCUGUUGCCUUGAAUCAACGGAGAACCGGCACUGAUUGUAAUCGAGCUCCUCCACGUGCCUGUCCACAAUGCACUGGGGCCAGCCGCCUCACUUCCUGUCUGGAUCUCAGUAGCUCCGCCCCCAACACAGGAAUAGCCAAUGAAAACUCACUGAUGACGUGUUUUAUAGUCGCUCUGGACUCAAUGCUGAAUUAUCUGAUGCUGUUAUUCCCUUCAGUCCAGCUGAAGAUCUCAGCUUUACUGUUAAUCACUGCUACCAGAGAAAUACCUUUUCAGAACUAGUCAGGUUAGUCGUUUAAUCUACUAUGAAGAGUUAAAGACACUAAUAAAUGAAUGUUCUUCACUUUUAA